ACUUCUCUUCUCUUCUCUUCUCUUCUUUGCUCACUUAUUCAUUCCUUCAAGCAAAAGAAAAACCUUACUCUCUCUUUCUCCCUAUGAUCAUAAUCUUCAAUUUUUCAAGCUAAAUGAUCCAUUAAGAACCCUACGAUUUCAACAUGAGCAACAGCAACAAUGCAAUUAUCACCACCUCCACCUCCACCUCCAAUGGCAGUAACACUGCCCAUUCCAAUCCGCAUGAUCCCGCUUCCUACUUCCUGAAGCUCGCGCGGCAAUACUCUCCGGCGGCUGGAGCUCCUUUUGCGUCCAAGAUGAUGGAAGAGGACGGCCGGGAGGAUGAGCCUACUGAGCUCAACACGAUCAACAGCUCCGGAGGGUUUCUUGUGAUGUCCACAGAUAAGCUUUCUGUUAAGUACACAAAUGUUAAUCUUCAUGGUCACGAUGUUGGCGCUGUUCAAGCCAAUAAGCCUGCUCCUGUUAAGCGGCUUGUUUAUUACUUCGAGAUUUAUGUUAAGAAUGCUGGGGCUAAAGGGCAGAUUGCUAUUGGGUUCACUAAGGAGGGCUUUAAGAUGCGCAGGCAACCCGGUUGGGAAGCAAACAGUUACGGGUAUCAUGGAGAUGAUGGUUAUCUGUAUCGUGGACCAGGAAAGAGUGAGCCUUUUGGUCCAACCUUUACAGCCAAGGAUACAGUUGGUGCUGGUAUUAAUUAUGUUUCUCAGGAAUUCUUUUUCACUAAAAAUGGAGCAGUAGUUGGAGCAGUGUCCAAUGAAAUGGAAGGUCCCUUGUUCCCUACAGUCGCUGUUCACAGCCAGAAUGAAGAGAUUGAAGUCAACUUUGGGCAGAAACGAUUUGCUUUUGAUCUUAAGGAAUAUGAAGCACAGGAAAGGAUGAAGCAACAACUUUCAAUUGAGAAAAUAUCCUUGCCGCCAAAUAUCAGUUAUGGACUUGUUCGCUCCUACUUACUGCAUUAUGGCUAUGAGGAGACUCUCAUUUCAUUUGACUUGGCUGGUAAAAGUACUAUCCCACCUAUAUGUAUAGCUCAAGAGAAUGCGGUUGAUGAGCAGGAUAUCAUGUAUGCAUUAAACCAAAGAAGAACUCUUCGACAGCUAAUUAGGAAAGGUGAUAUUGAUGCUGCAAUCAGUAAACUUCGUGAUUGGUACCCAAAGAUUGUUGAGGAUGAAGGGUCGGCCACUUGCUUUUUGCUUCACUGUCAAAAAUUUAUUGAAUUGGUUCGGGUUGGAUCUCUGGGAGAGGCUGUGAGAUAUGGAAGGAUUGAAUUGGCAAAGUUCUUUGAGUUGCCUGGGUUUGAUGAUCUAGUUCAGGACUGUAUUGCUUUGCUGGCAUAUGAACAACCACAGGAGUCCUCAGUUGCCUAUCUUCUUGAAGACUCGCAGCGUGAGAUAGUGGCCGACGCUGUAAAUGCUAUGAUCUUGUCAACAAAUCCCAGUGUGGAGGAUUUGCAGGCCUGCAUACGCUCGUAUCUUGAGAGGUUACUCAGGCAGCUUACUGCUUGCUGUUUGGAGAGAAGGUCCCUGAAUGAUGAUCAAGGCGAAGCUUUCCAUUUGCAGAGAGUACUUAACAGUGGCAAGAAGGCCAGGUGCUAACUCACAUGAUCUUGUGACAAUCUCUUCCAUCUUUCACUGUUCAUAUUGCCAGUAAACAUUUUCCAGAACUGCAAUUCAAGCGACAGAUAAAACAGCAUUCCACGCGUGCGUGGCUGAGAUUUAAAUUGAGAGUUGGGGUAUUUCUCAAUCUCCCAAAGCUUGUAACCUUGCAAAAUUUGAUAUUGAACUGUGGCCUCUGGCUAUUAUUGGAUGUAGUUAUACAAGUAAUUUCGGGGGGGUUUCCUGUAUAUACGUGGUUUACAGAAACUAUACAUACAUUGUCUUAAAGACUCUCAACAGUUAUGCUCCCAAAUUCCAAAAGAAAACAUGUUGAAAGUUAA